UGUUUACCCAGAAGCAAUUUCUCACUCCUCGGCGAGCCACCGACGAUGCGUCGUCUCACAUUUUUCAACUGUUGGAUCGGAUUUUGCUGUCUGAGCGUGGCGAGUUCGAUGGGAGGAACGAACACGAGCGUCGGACGGACGAAAAGGGACUUGCUCGACGGGAAGUACCUGAUUUUCCCGGAAGGAAGCAACGUACAAUUGGUUUACUGCCUGACGUUCUCCGCGUACGCGAAACCAUCAGGAUUCUCCGCAUUUGGGAUAACAGCCGGCCAGGCAUGGGAGCUGCCGUCGAAGAGCGUGCUGUCUACCAAAUUCGAGGAUUAUCAUCGCCGAAGCAGAAGACAGCUAUACCGGAAAGUGGAACUUCUCUUGGGAAGCCGAGGCUUGGACGGAAAGGCUUGCGUCCUGAAGGCGAUCUGCCACGCUGCGAACAGGGAUCGUUCGAACGUCGGCAAGGGAACCUUCUUCGAGGAAAUCAUGCACGCCGUGUUUACGUGAGUAUUUGCAUCCUUCGUUGAUUACAGAAUUAGUGUAAAAGAGCUGCUGAAUUCGAUGAUAA